GAUUUUCACACUUUUUAACUCAUUUGCACUCAAUUUUUUUGCAGAAAAAUGUCAAUGGACAUUGUUAUGAAGUCAGAUGAGCAACCGUUCAUCUCUGCGCCUGUAUGCUUUAAAACGUUCGCAUUUUUCGCCAAAGCAUCCGCAGAGGAAUGCAAACUUCUAGCUUCGGGCUCCAACGCUCGAGAAAGUUUCCAGCAGGCCACGGGGCUCUCGGAGAAGAUCACGGAAGACAUUUACCGCCAAAUUGACGUCUCCCACAUUUCGUCGAUGGUCUUCAACAGAGAAAUGGACGGUGGCAUCGAGAGAAAUCGGCUCGGCUCGCAAGCGAUUCUGCUCGACGAGAACUCCAGGCGCCGCAAUCCACAGUUCAAAUCGAUCGCGCUCCGCUCUCUCCGCUACGAUCACAUCGAUCAUAGAGCGUUGGCAAGGAAAUCGCCUCAUCUGAUGCCUCCGACUUAUAUCAAAGAGGAAAUUAUGGAUGAUGAGCUCGACGAGGUGAAGGAAGAAGAGGUUUCCGUUGGAGAAGCCGCCUUGCCCACGGCAAAAGUCGAACUGAACAUGGACCAUCCGGAAAAGGACCUGAUCAUCAGCACUUCCGUGUAUCUCGGCUACACCCGUACCCUUCAAUACCACGAGAUUCGCCUCGGACGUUUGAUGAAGGUCACGGAUCGGCUCGAGCUCACCGGAGAUCACACGCUUCGCGAUCUGAAAAACGCGUUCUCGUGCCCCAUCGAUUUCUCGUUUUCCGACGAUUUUAGCGAGAAAAAGCCGUCGUUCAAGGAUAUGGCGAAAAAUAAGUGGCCGUCGUCGAUGUUCUUCAUUCAUGACACGUUUUAUAUCGACUCGAACACUGGCGACCAGUUUGUGGAUCCGUCGAUCACAAUCCGAACUUGGGCCAAAAAGUUCGACUACAUCGGUCCGAUGCACGUGAAACAGAUGUCGGAGACGAGGAUCGGGGAUCUCAUUUGUCGGCUCGGUCAGCCAUACGUCUACAUUCAUCAAGGCGUCUGCGAGCACCUCAUCGUCUUCAAUGACUUGUGCCUGAGAGAUGAAUCCCACACAAACGUCGAAUUUCCACGCCGCCUCGUCGAACGGAAUUUCAGAAGAAUUGCAUGUGACACGUGCAAGGAGGCGUCGGCGCACUGGAUGAUCGUCGACCACGACAAUCUGCUUCCCAACUCGCCAGGCUAUCUGUGCUCUUCGUGCUACAAGGAGUUCUGUUUCGACGUGAACGGCAACAAAGUGUGCCAGUUUAAGGCCGUACCGUAUUGCGAUCGAAAGGACAUUGGCGACGGACGCCAAUUCUUCACCGAGCUCGACCUUUAGAGAGCGAGAUUUAAAAGUCUGUAUCAUUUUUUGUUGUUUUUUUUAAAUGUUUUUCGAUUUGAUUGUUUAAUUACCGAUUUUUGGCCUGUAACUGUAUUUGUUGAAAUUUGAAAUUUCUUUUUUUUAAAUAAAAUUUUUGUUUGCAAAAAAA